CGUUAAAUGGCAAUCUUUCCCGCCUUUUGAAAGCGGCUCUCGUUCGCGGAACUUCACUGCCGGUUGACCCUGAAUUAGGGUUCAAAAUGCGAGAGCUGAGUUGGAGACAUCAUACUCUCAUUCAAGCGCUACUCGCACGCGGCCCACUAAGAGAGGAUCAGUUUCAUUUGAUGUUUACGCGCAUCACUGGAAAGAGCCCAGAUAAUGACCAGCAGCUGUUUAAUAAUUACCUCCUGGCGAUAAAUAAAGCACUUUCUUUUGCUCAGUUUGAGUUGAGAGGCUGCAGAAACCAAUAUGACGGUCGUGUUUAUUAUGGCUUGGUCAAUAAUGUAUCUGACGAGCAAUCCAAACUGGGAACAAAAUAUUCAGUUCCACAGAUUGCCUUCUACAAAGCCAUUGUUGAAGCAAUUGCACAAGAUCCAUCUGCUCAAGGAGGAAUAUCCAACAUUGCUGCUCUUCAUCUGCAGUUGGAAAAUCAGCUGGGGGAUAUGGGGUCCCAGUCGUCUCAAGUCAUCCCACCUGCUUUCAAGAAUUUCUCAAUAUCUCUCAAGGAAAAAACAAUUGCUGAGCUUGCACAGGAUCAGUGGCUUAACUGCACUCCUGAUGGUUUUGUAAAUCUGGGUGUCAGAUCGUUUCUUGAUCUGCGAAGUUGGUUCCGCACUAAUGAUAUACCUUCAUGCGAAGUGUGCAACGAGGCUGGAGUGAAGGCAGAGUUGUGCGAUAAUGAAGGUUGCACUGUCCGUGUACAUCAGUAUUGCCUUAAGAAAAUGUUAUCCAAUAAAAAGAGUAAAAGGGCUUGCCCAGGUUGUGGCACUAAAUGGCGAUCUACAGUAACCAAUAUGGAGUCCAAGGAAGAAGAGGAUGAGCCAGAUAGGCGCACUCAAGGCCAGUCAUCAUCACAGAGAAGGAAGAAAUCUAGAUUGAACAUAGACAUGGAUUCAGAUUCAAAUGGAGCCAGUGCUUCCCAACCUCCUCCAGAGACAAGGAGAGUAACGCGAAGUUCUGCCCGCCAGAGGUAGGUGAUUUUGAGUGCCUUAAAUUAGGAACGAGUUACUGUUUAUUUUAAUAUAGUUUCAGGGAUCAUAGUCUAGGAGUUGUAAAGUGAGCAGCAACUGCAGUUUUUGAUGUCCUGUGUCAAAAUUAUCACCCCAUAUAAAUUUCUUUGAAUGGGUUGCUUUUGAACUACUCGUACACAAGAUCGGAAUGUAAAGUGCAUAACACAACGUAAGGCUAAAGAAAAAGUUCUUGUCCUCCAUGCAUGCAACUGCAAGAAACCAGCUGUUCCAUUGUAAAUAUUUAUCUUAUUGCGGCAUGGUUAGUUUGGUGGUUCUGAACACUAGCGGAAUUGUUAUUGUUUCUUCAAACAAAGAAUUAAUUAGAGCAUAAAUAGGUUCAA